AUGUUCUCAGUCUUGCAAAUAAAUGGCACCGAUGGGAAGAAUAUGAAGCGAGAUGAAGAGGGGGAGUUCAAGCAAGUGAGGGAGAUGACAUAUGCGUCAGAGGCCAUAGUUGCCGAAGAUUUGGACUCACAGUUGCCUAUGGCAUUGGAUCGGUGGAGAAUUCUGAAAGCGAUUCGCUUACAUAAUCGGCCCAGGGUUGUUGUGCGGAACCUUUCAUCUUGUGGAGGCACUGGGUUCAAAUGUUGCCAAAUACACCAGACUGGACCGUGA